AUGGACAACGAUUAUUCGUGGGACGAACGAAUCGAUGAUUUUAUAUCCGUUCUUCAUAACAAAAAUGCUAACAAAUCCAUUUCAACAAAUAAGGUAUUCUCAAAUUUAUCUUUAUUAUCAAUCCUAGUCAUUUCAUUCUUUUUAGAAAAUGACGAAGAAAAGAUUACGAAACGAGAGGAUAUAUUCACUCGAAUCAAAGAUAGGGUGAAACUUAUUAUAAGUCAAGAAAUCAUUGAUACAGAAAUGGAUCAACAAAUCAAAAAUUUCAAACCUAUUAAAGAGCUACUUUUAGAAUAUUUGGUUACUCAAAAACGAGACCUUUUCUCAAACCUUGUUAAAAAGUGCGAUUUAUUUUUCGAAAAUCUUUUGAAAAGUGAAAAAAACUUUCACCUAAUCCCUUUCACUAUUACUUUUGCGAUCGUACAUCUUACCGUCUUGAGAGAAUACUUAAAAACGACGCGUUAUCUUUUUUUUUCACAUUUUUACGAAUCAGAUGUGAAAAAUACUAUUUCUCUUUAUCAAAACUAUUUUUCGGAUUCGUUUCAUCAAUUCUUUACGUGGAGGAUAGAUCAAAUAACUACGAAAACCUCGAUUUCUAAUGAUUUAACUUCAUCAUCACUUUUUAGUUUUCAUGCUAACGGAGAAGUCAGAGAUAAAAUUAGCAACAAACUAGUUAAUUAUGUUGCAAAAUCUUCAAAUGAUCAAAUUUUUUUAAAAAUCUUUGAUCUUGUCAAGUUAAGAAUGUUUAAUGAAGCCAAGGCAGAAUUUAUGAAAAUAUUUUUACACGUCUUUUCAUUAGUCAAAUUCUUUCCUAGAAUACCUUGGCCUUUUAAUAUAAAAAGUUUUUGGGUUGGACCAUACGGAAUUGAUACGUUUCCUGAUGGUUCACAUAAUUUAGAAGAUAAUUAUAGAUUUCUUUACAAUAUAUCUGAGGAUGAUCCUGGCCUUAUCACAAAAAUUAUAAUAAGGCAUGGUAGUUUAAUUGAUUCUAUUCAAGCUUACUAUAAAGAUGAUAGAAAAGAUCGAAGUUCUAGAGCUGGAAAAAAAAUAGGUGGAACAGCAGGUGAAAAUGAAUGUAUAAUUUCAGAGCUAGGUAAUCAUUUAAAAUAUAUCGUUGCUAUCAAUCUGAAGUUUGGUCGUGGACUACUUACUGUUAUAGAAUUUACUUUUAAUGAUGGUAAAUCUACGGGACCUUUAGGGAUACCACAUGUUCCAAUAACCGAUACUUUGCAAAUUGGCCCAUUUGGAAAUCAUAAUGAAUUUAGAUUGUCAGGAAUUAAUGGAGGUGGAGGAAAGAUUGAAAAUAAAGGAGUAUAUGUUGCUCAUAUAGCAUUUCAAUUUCAAUAUGUUGAUUCUCUUUAA